AGGAAAGGAAAUACUGCCUACUUAUAGAGUAAAGAGGCACAGAUGUCAGCCAACGCAAGUCUGAACCAAAGACAUAGUUAGCCGCGCUGCUGGUAAGGGCCAUGAGUGUGCACUGAUAAUGGAGGAUACCUGGACUCAGUGGAGACUCAAGCAGAGACACGAGAACCAAGCAGACAUUUUGGAGCCGUACUAUGAUGUAGUGGAUGACCAGGAGACUGUUCACAAUGUGCACAUACAACCAGCCAGGCCCAUCAAUGAGGAGAGGGAGUACAUAGACAGGGAUCUCCCCAGGUCAUCGUCUGCUCAGAGCCUCUCGUCUGACCUGGCCAGUGGAGGUUCUAAAAUCCACCCCACUUAUCCCCCUAGAAAAACUACAACAAAGCAAGCCCCUUCUGUCAACAGAGAUAUGAAGCCAGGGAAAAGGAAACACGUCACUGCUAACCUUCAGUCCAUACAGCACAGAGGCCCGUCUUCUUCCAGAUGUCCUCCGUCACCGCACUUCCCCCUGGAGCUGAUGGAGCAGCUCAAUUGCAUGACUCUGCAAGAAAGCACCAAGAGACAGCGGCAAAGACCAGCUAAAAAUGUGAGCAGUCAGUCCUCAAACUCUAAAGGCUCACAUGCUGAACGGGCUAGAUUUUCUAUUGACAUGGAAGCUCAACACAUUGCUGAAAGGUGGUCAAAUGAGGCCCUUGAUAUAGAACAUGAUGAUGACACUGAUGUAAAAUUGCAACAUGAUCACCAAUGGCCUCAGAUUAAAGAUGUGGUUGACCAACAUGACUUUAAAGAACCACAGAUCCACAAGGAAGACAUUUGGUACAUUGGACCAUGUAAAAGGACAGACGCUGAGCACGCCUUGCACCUCGUCAAUAAGGAUGGCGCAUUUUUAGUUAGAGAUUGCUCCCUCUGCAGCAGCAGUGAACCAUUCGUCUUGUCUGUUUUUCACGAGAAAAAAGUGUACAAUGUCAAAAUCCGUUUCCUCGAGUCUCACAGAAAGUAUGCCUUAGGAAGGGGACAACGAUGCAAUGAAAUGUUUUACUCAGUAUCGGAUAUCAUCAAAUUUCAUUCCAUCUUCCCAAUAGUACUCAUCAGUGGCAAAAAUCUUCCAGGGGGGGCAGAAAAUUGUGUGUUGACGUUUCCAGUGACAAAGGAAGAUGUGGAGAGGCUUCUACAGUGACGUUGCUAUACACUGAUCAGCCAUAACAUUGUAACCACUGACAAGGAUUUAAAUGGGUUUAACAAAGACCAAUAUUGUGUUGCCAGAGGCAUCUGAGCGAUACGUUAAGAUAUGAAUGGGCAAAUCACAACUGAUAUUUUGAUACUGACAAGUUAUCAAAAAGUAUAAAUACUUUUAAAUUCAAAUAGUAAUGUUCUGUAACAUAAUUUUAAUAUUAUAUUUUAUCUGUAAAUAUAUUUGUUAUAUUAGUUAAACUAGGAGGGUGCAAAAAUAAUGUCUAUUUAUGCCAAGGUACAAUUCUUUAUAAUGGAGGGUUUUGAUGUAUUUAUUACAAAACUCAUCUUUACCCAGCUGUGGUCACUCACUUGCCCUGGGCCUUUCUGUCCACCAAUGUAAUGCUUCCCCACAUUCUUCAUGAUGAUGACGCUGAACAUGAUCACCAUUAAUGGCCUCAGAUUAAAGAUGUGGUUGAUGUGGUUGACCAACAUGACUUUAAAGAACCACGGGUACCAAAUAUAUGCUUUAGAUUUUAUUAUUCUAUUCAAUAUUCUUUCUGUAUAACCUGAGGAGGUUAUGUUUGUGGGGUAGAUGCACAAGGAAGAUAUUUGGUACAUUGGGCCAUGUAAAAGGACAGAUACUUGCAGUGCAAGCAGACAGUGUCUUGCUUGCACUGCAGUAGUAUCCAGGGAUCCUGUGGUGGCAGAAGCAUAUAACUUAAAAAUAAUCAGUCUGAAUUAUAUGGUGAAAGACACAACGAAUACUGUCUUGCAGGCAAAUAACUCAAGUUUAGUUAAUAACUGACUAGGUCAAAUAAAUGCACUGUACACAAAUCUUUGGAACAAUGUUCAGACUCUGAAGGAAUAAACUGUUGUUGAAUUAAUUAAAAUUUGUGGAAUUAAGAUUGUCAUUGUUAAUUUUAUCAUAAAAA